CUGACACACAUCCUCUGUUGCUGCUCUGCCUUAGAAGUCAGUAUUUUCUAUUAAUGAACUGGCCAGACGAGCUGUGAACAGUGCUUUGGGGUUGUUGGUAACCACCAAGAUGGAAAUGGCUUACACAACACCAGACGAUUAUGAAGACUAUCCAGUGAUCACCAAUAGGUCAACCAGUACUGUGUGCAACACCAUUGACAUCAACGAUUUCUGCAAAAAUUUUCUUCCACGCUUCUACUACGUCAUCUUUAUCGCUAGCGUACUGGGCAAUGGAGUGGUUCUGCUCGUCCUCUACAAGUUUGAAAAGCUCAACACGGUCACCAAUAUAUUUCUUAUGAACCUGGUGGCCUCCAACAUUGUUGUCACCCUUACGCUCCCAUUCCAUGCCAUUCAUUAUUCCAACCAGUGGAUUUUCGGAGAAGCUCUUUGUAAGCUGGUGAACAGCACCGACUAUCUGGGCUUCUACAGCUCCAUCCUCUUCCUCACCCUCAUGACGUUCGACCGCUACUUGGCCGUGGUCCAUUGCGUGGUAGCCAACAAACAACGCAGAACCUGCUAUGCCGUCGUGCUGUCGGCAGUCGUCUGGAUUAUUAGCCUCCUCGCUAGCCUCGAACCCUACAUCCAUUUUACUGUUGAAGAGUAUCCGAUAGAAGGACUGGUGUGCGAAGACACGAGCAAUUUUCAGUGGAAACUCUUCAGCCUCUACAAGCAGUUUGUGUUGUUUUUCAUCCUGCCGUUGACUGUAUUCAUCUACUGCUACUUCAGAAUAACUCUAACCGUCCUGGCCACACGGAUGGUAGGAAAACAUCGCACCGUACGGCUCAUUUUCGUCAUCGUCCUGAUGUUUUUUGCAUUCUGGAGCCCGCAUAACAUCAUACUGAUGAUCAACGGGCAUGGAGAUCCUAAACAGUGUAGCAGCCUUUCGUAUGCAGAGUACGUCACUAGUAACAUGGCACGCUUGUAUUUCUGUAUUAACCCUGUGUUUUACACCUUUCUGGGAAGAAAGUUUCAGAAUCAUGUUCGAGGAGUGUUAGUGAGUCAGGUGCCAUGUUUAUCGGACCGGAUCAGCUUCAGCUCAAGUAGCAGAAUGUUAGCUUAAGACUGAAUGAUGGUGUGUAAAAUGGCUGCAUUACAGUGAUGUGUUUUGCUUCCAGACUAUUCCUGCUUUUAUUGUCCAUGUCUUUACAGAAAAAGUGCAAUGAACUAGUUGAACUAGAUGAAGCUGAUGCAUGUACAGUAUAAUAAACUGGUGUGAUUGAUAUUAAUAAAGAUUUCUGUUUUAAUUAUUUACUGA